GAUUGUGGGAAAACCCGGUGUCGGAACGGGAAACGUGUCGGAGGGGUGAUAAAGAGAAGAGUUGUCUUUAAUCUGCGGCACUUUGGGAGCGAACGCCGCAGAGAUGGCGACGCAGCGGCCGAAACGGUUCAUCUGCUCGGUCAGCGGCUGCCCGGCGGCCUACAACAAGCAGUGGAAGCUGGACGCGCACCUGUGCAAGCACACGGGAGCGAAACCCUUCUCGUGCACGCGCGCCGGCUGCGUGAAGUCUUUCUGCAGCGCGUACCACCUGAGCAGACACGCACUCACGCACAGCGGGGACAGGCCGUUCCCGUGCACGGAGCCCGGAUGUGAGGAGGCCUUCAGCACCAACGCCAACCGGGCCAGGCAUGUGGGUCGCGCCCACGGGAGCGAGCAGAAGAAAUACAAGUGCACCUUCCAGGGCUGCAGGCUGGAGUUCAGGAAGAACAAGCAGCUGAAGGCACACGUGUGCGAGAGCCACGCACAGGUGGCCUCGUACCCGUGCACCCACGAAGGCUGCGGGAUGAGGUUCUCCGUCCCCAGCAAGCUGAGGCGCCACCAGAAGGUGCACAGGGGUUACCCGUGCACGGAGGACGAGGCCUGCGGCUUCACGGGGAAGACCUGGACGGAGCUGCUGAAGCACAGGAAGGAGCGGCACCGGCUCAGUUUGAAGUGCGAGCAGUGCGACAAGGUGUUCAGGGACUCGUGGUUCCUGCAGCAGCACCAACGCGUCCACGCCGAGACCCGCGUGGUGCUCAAGUGUCCCCGAGAAGACUGCGGCCGGUCGUUCACCACGCUCUUCAACCUGCAGAGCCACGUGGGCUCCUUCCACGAGGAGCUGAGGCCCUUCGCCUGCCCCCACGCGGGCUGCGGGAAGACCUUCGCCAUGAGGCAGAGUCUCCAGCGCCACGGCGUCGCCCACGACCCCGAGAAGAAGAAGCUCAAGAAGCCCAAAGCCAAGAGGUCGCUGGCCUCCAGGUUGAGCGGGUUCGGCGAAACGAAGAAAGCGGCGUCCGAAAAGCGGCGGAAGCAGCAGGAAACGCCAAACGACGACUCUGAAGUGCAGAAGAAGACGACGACGGGUCCUCCGGGUCCCGUCGAGCUGGUCUCCCUCCUGCAGGACACGUCGCUGCUGUGCGGUCCUGCUGUGGACACGCGUGGACUCACCGAGGCCCUGAACGCACCUCUGACGGUGUAGAAGAGAAAUGGAAUGCAGCCACACCAGGAUUAUGAGGACACUUGAUGAGAGCACUUAAGAGGUCUUGUCUCGGUUGUAGUCCACCGCUGUUAAAUACCAUCUAACGGUUCCUUACUCAGGACGGUUUGCUUUGAGGCUGGAACCGAACAUUUAUUAAGAUUUAUUUGUAUUCGUGGUCUUUCCGGAAAUGAAUCCUGAAUGAAGCUAAAAGACAGUUUGGUUCUGGAACCAAAUCCUGUUUUUUCCGUCCUUCUGGUUGUUGUCAAGUGUUUCUUUUUUUUUUGGUUUCUGGAGCCUUUAAAUCUUUAUAUUUAUAUUUACUAAAAAAAUAUAUUUUGUCCAUAUUGUGAAGUUAAAAAAGACCAUUUUGUAUUAAAAAAACAAAACAGUUUUUGUUUAAAUAAACCUGUAAAAUAUAUUUUGUGUCUCAAUAGUAUUUACUCUUUAAAAUCCAUAAUGGUGGGAAAACAUUGAUACAGCACAGUUUGUUGCGAUGUUUUGCGUGACAUUAUUGUGUUGAUCCAUGGACACAGUAUCCUUUUAUUAUAUACACAAUUGUUUACUUGUUUUAGCAUACUGUUAUUUGUGUAUUUGUUACCAUAUUUUAUUGUACAUUUUCAUAUUUCUAUUUUUAUAUCAUGUCUUAUACUUGCACUCUCUUUGUUGUUUCCUGUUACGCACCAAUAGAUCACCGAGCCAAAUCCCUUCUAUGUGUGACGUACUUUGCUA